UACUGCCCUAAAAUCAACUAGCAAAAGGGGAGUGUUUUGGGUGUAAUGAACGUUUCGGAACAGGUCAUAUAUGCAAGAAUAGACAACUAAUUGUAAUUAAAGGUGAUUGGUAUGAUUGGAACAAAACCACUGCAUACACAAAGCAAAACUUACCAAUCUGUGUAAGCUCGUCUUUUUCUUCCAUUCAAUCGUUGCUCGAAAAUCUUGAGAGAAAACUGAAAAGGGUUUUGGAAAAUUGGGGGCCUCAAAAACUGAAAAAGGGUUUUGGAAAAUUAGGCGCGAUGACAUGUAUCUUGGUUUGUAUGUUGUGCAUAAAAGGUUGUACAUUUUUUGGAUAUUUAAAUUGUUAUUUCUUUUUCUUUCAGAUAGUAGUCAAAUUGUCCCCAAAACCUGUUCCAACAAGCUCUACUCUACUCUCGAUUUAUGGCAACGUCUUUUACUACUCCGGUUGUAUUUCAUAUAAUAAAUAUUGGGUUUUCUGAAUACUAUAAUACCCAGUUCCCCAAUUCAAGAUUUUCUGAAAUUUUUCGUUCAGACAUUUCAUCGAACAGUUGGUGUGCAAAGCCAAAAACAGUAAGUUCCUGCAGGAAUUCCAGAGCUUCUAGACCGGAUAAAUCUGUAGUCAAGGCUUCAAUUGCAUAUGAUUCAGUUGUUAAGGAAAAUUCCUUGUGGGAAGAUGGGGAUGAAGAUGUUAGGCUGCAGUUUUUAGAGGAAAGAGAUGAAAAGAAUCUAUCAAGGCGCCUGUUAAAGCUUAGCAGGGCGGAUAAGGUUCGAAGCGCGAUCGAGCUCUACGCUUCAAUGGAUUUCAUGGGUCUGAGACCUGAAUCACAUGCCUUUAAUGCCCUGCUAUCUUGUUUGUUGAGGAAUGGAGAGCUUGAUGAUGCGUUACAAGUGUUCGAAACGAUGAAAUCAGACGAUCGGACAAGCGCACAUAGUUACAACUUGAUCUUACAAGGGGUUGUGAAAGCUAGAGGCUUUGAAGCUGCAUUCGAAAUGUUUAAAGUGCUCGUAACGGAUGAAGUUAACAAGAACAAGGUUGAUCAAGUUUUGUUUAACAUGAUGCUGACAUUAUGCAGGGGUAAUAAAGAUUGGGCGAAAACUGAGUUUGUUUGGAGAAAGAUGAAGGAUAACCACUGUGUUGGGAAUGCAGUGACGUAUCGGUUAUUGGUUACCACGUUUCUUGCGUCUAGUCAGUAUGGAUUAGCGAUCGAAGCGUAUCUUGAAAUGGUUCAACACAGGGUGGAACCGGAUUCGCGCACCAUGGAAAGUGUUAUAAUCGCGUUUGCGAAAGACGGAAGAUGGGAUUUCGCGUUGACUGUUUUUCGCGGUAUGAUGAAAAGAAAAGAGAAUCCGAACGUUAUCAUAUUCAACGCAUUGAUUCACUCGCUCGGGAACAACGGUCAGGUGAAUCUCGCGUUUAAAGUCUUCGAUUGCAUGAAGUCUUUAGGGCAUGUUCCCACAUCAUACACAUGGAAUGCACUGCUUGUUGCAUUGUGUAGAGCCGAGCAAUACGGUGAUGCGCUUCGGCUUUUCGAAAAGAUCCAGCAUGAGACCCCGUCUGCACUCGGGUUGCAUUUGUAUAACACUGCGUUAACGGCUUGCAAGCAAGUUGGUGCGUGGAGAAGAGCUUUGCAGAUAUUAUGGGAAAUGGAAGAUUCGGGAUUAGAGGUUCCGGUUACAUCGUACUGUCGGGUGAUUGGAACUUGUGAAGUUGGAAACGAGCCGAAAGUCGCGUUGCAAGUAUACCAACAUAUGGUUCAUCAAAAGAAAACUCCAGAUACAUUAACUCUGUUGUCAUUGAUUAGAUCUUGCAUCUGGGGUUCUCUUUAUGAUGAAGUGCAUGAGAUUCUCAAACUGGUUCCACCGAAUGCGCAUCUUUACAACGCCGCGGUUCAAGGUUUUUGUCUAAGAGAAAAGACCGAGUCGGCAACCAAGUUGUACCAGGAAAUGCGUGAACUUGGGCUUUCGUCUGAUCAUAAAACACGAGCAAUGAUGCUGCAAUUUUUACCAAGAAGCUAAUCUGUAUUAUAAUGUAGAUUUAUUUUCGAAAGUAGCAAAAAGACUCGUAGCGUAAGCGUUUAUUAUGCAUGCUAGUUGUACAUGUAUUGCUAAUGGUAAACGUUGCAAUCUUAUAUAUCA